CACGCCCGCCCCGCCCCGCCCCGCCGUCCGCGCUCGCCGCUGCGCUCCCGGAGGAAACGGAAGCCGGCUCUGGCCAUGGAGGGGAACCGGGACGAGGCGGAGAAGUGUGUGGAGAUCGCCCGGGAGGCCCUGAACGCCGGCGACCGCGAGAGGGCUCAGCGCUUCCUGCACAAGGCCCAGAAGCUGUACCCGCUGCCCGCGGCCCGCGCACUGUUGGAAAUAAUUAUGAAAAAUGGAAGCACUGCUGGAAGUAGCCCUCAUUGCCGCAAACCCGCCGCAAGUGGAGAUCAGGGCAGGCCUAACUGCACGAAGGACAGCAUGACUGCAGGUGGGGAAGGUGGGAAAGGCUACACCAAAGACCAGGUGGAUGGAGUUCUCAGCAUAAACAAAUGUAAAAAUUACUAUGAAGUACUUGGAGUUACCAAAGAUGCUGGUGAUGAAGAUUUGAAAAAAGCUUAUAGAAAGCUUGCUUUGAAGUUUCAUCCAGACAAAAACCAUGCACCUGGAGCAACAGAUGCUUUUAAAAAGAUUGGAAAUGCUUAUGCUAUUUUAAGCAAUCCAGAAAAACGAAAACAGUAUGACCUCACAGGCAAUGAAGAACAAGCAUGUAAUCACCAAAACAAUGGCAGAUUUAAUUUCCAUAGAGGUUGUGAAGCUGAUAUAACUCCAGAAGACUUGUUUAAUAUAUUCUUUGGUGGUGGAUUUCCCUCAGGUAGUGUACAUUCAUUUUCAAAUGGACGAGCUGGUUAUAGCCAUCAACAUCAGCAUCGACAUAGUGGACAUGAAAGAGAAGAGGAAAGAGGAGAUGGAGGUUUUUCUGUGUUUAUCCAGCUGAUGCCCAUUAUCGUAUUGAUCCUCGUGUCGUUAUUAAGCCAGUUGAUGGUCUCUAGUCCUCCUUAUUCCUUAUAUCCCAGAUCUGGAUCAGGACAAACUAUUAAAAUGCAGACAGAAAACUUGGGAGUCGUCUAUUAUGUCAAUAAGGACUUUAAAAAUGAAUAUAAAGGAGUAUUAUUACAAAAGGUAGAAAAGAGUGUGGAAGAAGAUUAUGUGACUAAUAUUCGAAAUAAUUGCUGGAAAGAAAGACAACAAAAAACAGACAUGCAAUAUGCAGCAAAAGUAUACCGUGACGAUCGACUCCGAAGGAAGGCAGAUGCCUUGAGCAUGGACAACUGUAAAGAGUUGGAGCGGCUGACCAGUAUCUAUAAAGGAGGAUGAACUGGAAUUUUAUUUACACCUUUUAGCAUACUCUGUUUUUUCUGUAAGUAAGUUUGGUUUCAUCAUGAGAGCUAAAGAAAAAGAUUUGAUGUUAAAAACUAAACUGAAUAGUUGGUCCCUGAAAUCUUGGACUGUUUAUGACCUACUGGCUCCUUUAAAUAGUAAGAAACUGAAGACUAAAAUUAAUAUUUUAGUUACGCUUCUGCAGUUAUUUUCACUUUAAAAGCUUAAAUGAUUCCUAACUAAAAAUGUCUUGGGAAAGCAUUAUCACACCUGUAGCAGUUUCCAGUUUUAGUGAUUCUCCGUUUUUUUCCUUGUCGUGUAAAUAUUUAUGGGAUGAUCAUUUUGUGUACAUACCGGUUAUUGCCUUUUUAUUUGAAUUCUUUUAGUGUUUAGUUCCAUGAGACACAUCAGUUUAAAUUGAUGGAAUAAAUGUUCUAUGACAAAAUUACAUCUUCCUUGUCAGAUGUCAAAUGUGUGGAAUUUAAACAAUGAAACUUUUUCAAAAAGAAAAAAAACAAAGCCUGUUUAACUUUAUGUAAAAUCUUGUAGCAUUAUCAGCUUAGAGGGAAUUGAUAUUUUUAAUAUUGCCAUUAUAUUCCAAAAUAUAUAUUGAGAUAAAUGAACUGGUGUAGACUAUCAGUUUGCUAUUUAUUUAGUUUUAUGAAUUGCUAAGCCAUGCAUACAAAUGAAAUGCUAUACUGAUAGAUUUUAAAGAAGAUAUGAAGAAAUGGCUAUAUAGAUAUUAAACAAAAAGGGUCUUCAACAGUAAACUGCAGCUAUGUCGUUUGCAAUUCUAAUAAUUAAAAGGCCCCCAAAUGUUCAUAUGUAUGUUUUUAAAUGCUGCUAAAAUUUAUGGAGAAGAGGACCUACCUGUUUUCCCCCCAUGGAAAUUUGCAGUUUCUUCUUAGUGAUCAUUUAGGCAAGAUCCAAAAGUAAAUGGGUUCUUCUACAAAUAAGUAAUAAGAAACGUUACUACUAAAAUAAAGCUUUGUGCCUUUUAUCCUGAUUGCCAACUCUUAAACAUAUGGACAGACUAUAGCACGCUUCCUGGGUCAGAGCAUGAUCUGUUUGGCCACAGGCAGCAGUGAGCAGAAAGCUAGCAGCAGGUGGAAUAGUGAUGUAUAGCAAGUUAUCCUUACAAAAUUCUGAGCUGAAAUCUAUUCACUAUUAAUUCAAUUAAUCCUGUAGCAAUAAGCUCCUUGUAAUUAAAUCCAUAAUAUAAAUUACAGAGAUCAGCUGGAAAUUGAGGUUUUUGGUGCCUGAUAUUGGGUAUGAAACUAUUUGAUUUCUAGUCUUGUAUGUUUACAGUUGUAAUAUUUUAAUGAUUUUGCUUCAUACUCAGUUAAUGGAAUAUGAACACAUCUUUAGUAGUUUUUUGUGUGUGAGAGAUGCUAGUUAAAGUGGCAGUGUUCUUUUGUUUAAAGAUAUUUUCGGCAUGUAGUUAAUUUAUAGCAUCUGUUGAAUAAAACUUCUAAAAUGACCAUUCUUUUUAAAAUGUUUUCUUGUAUCCCUCUUUCCAGGUGAGUCAAUAGAAAUGCCUGAUUGAAUAAGUAGGUUAAACUAAUAAUAUAGUAUCCUAGGGAAGCUGGACAGCUUAACCAACUUUAUUUUAGAAAUGAGGCCUUUAAAAAAAUAGCAAUGCUUAAAAGAAAAUACAAUUUUAAAUAUUUUCUUGAGCCCAUAUAAUGAGUUUUUAAAAAAAAUAAGGUCAUAGCAUUCUAAUUAACCUGAAAGUUCAUAUUGCAUCAGAAAACUUAUAAAAAUUUAAAUGAAAAACUUUCAUCUAUAUUUUUCCAGUUUUAGUGGGAAAUUUACACUAUUGUGGUUGAUGCUUGUGUGAAUUGAACUCUUGUUGACUGAUUCUUUUUCCCUUAAUCCUGACUUUAAGGGGAUAGAUGAAAUUAUCAAGUUAAGUGAAGCUGUACACUCUGAAGUCAUACAUGGCUUUUGGACAGUAUUAUAUUUCACUUGCAUUGCUGCAUCCCAUUACAUUCCAUAAAAUGUUUGGGGAAAUGUUUUUGAUAAAAUGAAAUUUUCAAACCAACUGUGGGAAAUGAGUGAUAGAGUGCCUGAAAAUUUAAGCCACAUAGAAAGUAUGCAAGGGAAGAUUAAGUCCUUACUGUCACCUAUAUAAUGGUGCAAGGGUCCAACCAAGUGUCUUAGAAUUUUGGGUUAAUUCUGUGAAGAAGACUUCAGCUAUCUUGAGAUGUAAUAAGAUUUUCAUGUUUGCCACUCUUUAAUAAAAAUUCCAACAUUUUGCUGUCUUUCUUUUAGCUACAAGAGCUUUGCGAUUUCAUUUGAUAACUUGUACUAUUCAUUUAGUCAUUGCUGAAAAGCCCUCAGUCUUUGAGUACUGCUUUAUUAGCUUCUCUGGCUGGUAUUUUAGAAGUUUGACAACAAUUAUAUGUAUUAAUGCUUUACAUUUUAUCCCUUUUUAAACAUACACAGACAUCAUUGCUUAUGAGGGUUUGAGAGAAAUAAGUAGUACCUUUUCUGCUCCUCUUUUGAUUCCUUAGUUCCCAAAUGGACUGGUGCUAAUCAUUUGUAACUUUCAGAAUUUAUUUUGAUCAAAUCUGAGAAUUUAUUUCAAGUUAUAAUCCAUUUAAUAAGUGAAAACAAUAUAUUUUGGGAACAGAUUGCAUUUGAAUCUUUAAGUAUUUGUUUCAUACUCAUCACAUUCUUAUUUAUGACUUACAAAGACUUGGUAGAGAAAAGUAAGUCCUUAAGGUAUACCUAUGCCAGGGCAUUAAGCCACUGCUUUUGUGUCAACUCAGGUGUUCACAGGACGGGCAUGUGGAAUUCCAGCCCUGUACUUUAACUGCACUUCUUUGCUUGAGUUUUCUUCUUAGUAAAUCUUCAGUUAUACUAGUAUGUCAAAUAGUUAGCGAGAGAAAGAUUAAUCUCUUGAUUUCCCUUUGUUGAUCUAUAAUAUUUUUAAAUGCAGCUGUUAUUUAAUUAAUGUGACAUUAAUCUUACUUAAUAGUGUAUUCCUACAUAUUUCAUUAAAAAAAUAAAUCUCCCACUUGUAUUAAGGCAGUGAAAUAUUUCUUGACGUUGGCCUGAGGACCAAAUGAGCCAUCUUUCCAGUUAAGUGUUAUGUCAAGGGACCACAUGGUUCAGAAGGAGGAUUUGUGCAUUAAUUUAGCUUCCACAUAUGAAGCUGGGGUGUAAUACUACUGAUAUUACUAUCUGUCUUCACAAAGUGAGGCAAACUGGAAGGGCAGUCGUCGUCUUUUUUCUCAUCUGAACAGAAAAACUUCUGAACAAUAAAUCUAAAGUUUAAUUUUCACUAAAUAGCUGAAAACCCUUAUCUGUGGCCACAUUGGACUACUGCCUAGGUAAAAUCUAUAAAAUUUUCUAUAAGCCAAUGAAAAAGAAAAGAGUAGUACCACAGUAACUUCCAAAUUUUUAAAAAUUUUAAUUACAAAGAAAAAGUGGAUAGGAUGAGGAACUUCAAGGAAUUCUUACAAAUCCCUUUAAUAAUCUGGCAGGCAACACAGUCCUAGAAUUCAGGCAUCCUUUUUUGUUUUGUUACUGUUAAAUAGACAUUUUCAUGUAAAUGGAAACAUUCUCCCUCAAGACAUUAAUUCAAAACAUACUCCUUAUAUUAAGGAUUAUGUAACCACAUUUUUUGUAAAAUCCCUGCGGGUAACUUUUUCCUGUUGGUACGUGAUUCCUUUUCGUUUAAUUUUAUUAUCUGCUGGUUUUGGGGCCAAUAGAUUUGUGAAUAUUCUGUGGAUGUGUCCCUCUAUAGGUGUAUAUAUAUAUAUUUUUCCAGCUAAUACCUCAAAUGUGUGAUUGUUUAAUAUAUACCACACUAUGUUUGCACAGAGCAGGGCUUCCAUUAGCAGUGGGUAUUCUUAUUUCUAACUUUGAAAAUCAGCCCACAGAAUUUCAUCGGUGUGAAUUCUUUCUGUUGAUCUUUUUCAUAUUUUAAAACAGAUUCCUAUUAUAAAGCCUAUACUUCAACUAUAAUUGUAUCUUUCUAUAGCAAUCUGGAAAUAUGUAGGGGUAAGAAGUGUUUCUUGAAACGUCUUAGUGAGUUGUUGUUAAAAUUGGGCUUAUUGGUUGCUGCACUGUCUAGUAACUGUGUAGCGGGUGACACCUGGCAUGAAUGUGCAUAAGUCUCAUUCGCUUCAGCAGAGGAGUCGGUCCACUCCACUCUUGACAAUCUGCUUUGCCAUUGAACGGCACCACUUAAGUAACAGAGAUUUUUCAGUGACACUGGAGUAUUUUAAGCAUCAGUUUCAAAAUGAGUUGUUUUUUAGUUGGAUGACAGUACCAAUGAGAAGAAACUCACACGUAAAUGUUAUUUUGUGAUUUAUUUGUAUUAAGAAAUGCCUCUUACCUAUUUUUGUUCUUUGUUUUUUAGAUUGCUACAUAAGAUUUUUUUCCAUUUAAAGUUUAAAUCAUGUGUUUUUAAAAGCUGCAGGUAAUUUUCAAGGUGUGAUGGAAUUUUAAUGGAAGCCUUGUAUAAGUUAAAUGAAGUGAAACUGGUAAAGGAGAUCUUACUUUAUUUGUCUAUAGUGCAUUUAAGAUUAUACAAUUAGAUUUAAAAAUGAAAUGUCUGAUUUGUAAAAUAUUUAGUGUUAUAUCAGACUUAUAUAAAAGUUUCUGUGUGAGAACUCUGUUAAAGAAAAUGCAUUUGAUUUUUAAUGAAUGUUCUGCUGAAUGAUUUAUGAUGAAUUUUCUGUCUUUCAGUCUUUGCAGUUUAUCUCAAUAUAUGAAUAAAAAGAAGGUGUGUUCUCACUGUAAA